AUGUCGGGCGGACCGUCUGUGAUACGGCGGCAUACCUUUGAGAAGUCGAACACAGAACUCACCUCCUCUCUUCGCGCAAACUUCACCGCCCACCAGUCCUCUCCUCCCACACCCACAACAAACGGCAACACCACAGCACCGAAGCCGAAACCACCAUUCAAGUCAUGGACAACCCAACAAGACAACACAUUAUGGAUACCCACGCACACCCCCUUCCCUCUCUCAGAACCCCGCGAAUCCUACGACAUAACCGUGAAACUCUUCUACCUCCCCAACGUACCAGCGGACACACGAUGCGUCCAAACGCGGGAAGCCAUCAACCUCGUCCUCAAAGAGCUCGGCACAUCCUCAAUCGACCUCCUCAUCGUCUCCUUCCCAGGCAUAUCCUUCGACGCCGACGACGAAGAAUCUGAUCUCGACGACACACCCUCCGCUCCCGAUUCCCUCGCCGAAGCUGACUGCGACGCAGACGGCGCCCCAGAAGACAUCGACACCAUUGUGACGACAUGGCACACGCUCGAGAAGCUGCAUGAAGAGGGGCUCGUCAGCAACCUAGGCAUCUCCGAGUUCGGCUGCAGCAGGUUGGAAAAGUUUCUCCCCAGGACGAAGGUCAAACCUAGCGUGGAUCAAAUUAAUGUGAGGGAUUGCUGCGUAGUGCCCAAGCCGUUGAUCUUGUAUGCGAAGCAGCAGCAGAUUCAGCUGUUGACGCAUAAUGACUGCACGAAUGUGCUGCCGAGGGGUACGCUGAGGGAUAUACUAGGGUCGGGUGAGAAGGGCGUUGGUGUCCUUGCUGGAGAGAAUGAGGAUGGGGAGAGGUUAAGGGGGGAGGUGCAGCCGCAGUGGGUGGUCAAGUAUACGGCUGUGGUGAAGGACCGUGGGGUUGUGGAGAGUAAGGGGUACUUUGCGGUGGCGGAGUUGAGGGAAUAG